UAUGGGUAAAUUUUCGCUUUCUAAAAAUAUACUUAUCGUAUAAGUGUAACGUGAAAAAUUAAGCCAGCCUUAUAACUUUUUUACUAUCCCUCGUAACAUGUAGAAUAAUAGCGUUGUAAAAUUAAUGCUUACUAACAAUUUAUACAUACAACGUGGAAAAUAUGUUUGUAAUAAUUCUCUAUAAAGGGGCAUUCAGGUAUAAAUCAGCAAAAGAUGGAAUUAACAGAAUGUAAACGAAAGGAUCGGUCCCUUGGUCAACAUAAUUGUUUAUGCAUAUAUUUAGUCUCGGUUUAUUUUUUACUAUCAGCUGUUUUGUGUAACGUUAGUGGUUCUGAAGUGACAUCUAUUCCUAAUUUAACUAUUGAUAAAGAUGUGGUUACUUGCUCGUCAAACCCGUGCAAAAACGGGGGCUCCUGUGUUCAAGACAGCAAUAAUGUCACGUGUAAGUGCGGAGAGGGGUUCACCGGGGAUUUGUGUCAAAUAGAUAUUGACGAAUGCCAAUCGAACCCCUGUCCUAAGAAAGCAAGGUGUGUCGAUGGUAGCAACUCCUACACGUGUGUCUGUAAAAAAGGAUACAACGGUGAUAAAUGUCAAAAUGAAAUCGACGAAUGUGCCUCAAAUCCGUGUAAGAAUAAGGGAAAAUGUGUAGACGGUAUCAAUACGUACUGGUGUGCAUGUAAAGAAGGAUUUACUGGAGAGAGAUGUGAAGAAAUAGACGAGUGUGCAUCAGAACCAUGUGAAAAUGGCGGCGUUUGUUUUGAUGGUAAAAAUAGGUAUAGAUGCGAAUGUCCUAAAGGUUUUACUGGAAAGCGAUGUGAAACAGAUAUAGAUGAGUGUGCUUCAAACCCUUGUCAGAAUGGAGGGACAUGUCAUCAAGAUGUCGGUAAAUACAGGUGUGAGUGUAAAGAUGGUUACACAGGAAGUAAAUGUCAAAGAGGUGGGAAUAAAUGUUCAUCGAACCCCUGUAAAAAUGGCGGAAGAUGCAUUGAUGGUAUCAACGGUUUCACAUGCAAAUGCACGGAAAAAUUUACAGGUGAUCAAUGCCAAAAUGAAAAAGAAUUACCUGUCACAGAUGUUGGCGAAUGCUCUUCACACCCGUGCAAGAACGGAGGGUCGUGUGUUCAAGGUAAAAGCAAAUUUAUGUGUAACUGUGAGGAGGGUUUCACUGGAAAUUUGUGUGAGACAGAUAUUGACGAGUGUAAAUCGAACCCGUGUCCUAAAAGAGCAAGGUGUAUUGAUGGAAGUAAUAAAUAUUCGUGUGUCUGUAAACGAGGAUACUACGGUGACAACUGCGAAUAUGAAACGGAUGAAUGUGCUUCGAACCCGUGUAAGAAUAAAGGAAAAUGUGUAGACGGCAUCAAUACGUAUUGGUGCGCAUGCAAAGAAGGCUAUACAGGUCAGAGAUGCGAAGAAAUCGACGAAUGUGUAUCCGAUCCAUGUCAAAACGGUGGCAUUUGUAAAGACGGUAAAAACAGGUUUACUUGUGUAUGUCCGAAAGGUUUUACUGGAAAGCGUUGUGAAACAGACAUAGAUGAAUGCGCUUCAAAUCCUUGCCAGCAUGGGGGUUCAUGCUAUGAAGAUGUCGGUAAUUACAGAUGUAUAUGUGAGAAUGGUUACGGAGGGAAAAGGUGUCACAUAGAGUUGCCGAGACCUAAAGGCCAAUCUAAUUUUGAAACAUGGGCCGUCGUUCUGGUGGCAGGAGGUGCUUUCAGCGUCAUUUAUCUGUUAUUGAAGUAUGUUUUAAACCAGUCUUCUAAAAAAACAUUUAACCCAGAUUUCGGACAUUCUGAUCCGUCCAGUGGAGAAAGAAGGAGAGAGACACCAAGAUACAGACCCCCACCACAAAGUACGGCAGAGGCGGAGGAUCGUGCUCGUGGGCAUGCGCAAGAUAUGUUUGAUGAGCAGUUUAGAGCCAAUUUACAAAACAUGUUCGCUGAAAUGAGAAGAAUUGAUGAGAGAAAACUUUAUAUAAAAAACAGGAGAACAAAGCAUUUUAAACAAUUUGACAAUAAAGUGCAAGAAAUAGAAAAUAAUGAGCACGUGAUUUUCGCGUACAGUGACAUUCCAUGGCCUAGUGAAAACGAUACAGCAGACGACAAAAGUGUUCUGUUUGAUAAUUUGGAAAAAUCAGCAGAAGAAAAAAAGAAAUAUGUUCGUGAACAGCAGAUUCGUUGGCAUCCGGAUAAAUUUUCUCAAACAUUUGGUAAUCAUAUACGGGAAAGCGACAGAGAAUUGAUCAUUAAUAGAGUGACUAUACUGUCGCAGGAAAUUAAUGAAAUAUUUAAAAAGAUACAAGAUUAGUAUAGAUACAACUUUAUAAUUAAAUACCCGUGUUUUCGAUUAUCUCAAAUUAAAAAAAAGAGACAAAGGU